CAAGCUCUGCUAAGCAGUGUGACGUCUGAAGUGCUCUUGUGCGCGUGAACGACACUGGCUCGAGUUCUGGCAGCGAACGGCGUCGGAGGAGGCGAGCAGAAAUCCGCUGUGUGUCGUCGGCUCAAAUCCAACCACCCUCCACAGUCCACCCCGGUACGUUCAACGCCGGACAUCGCGACACCAAUGGAAAGGAGUUGGUCCUUGGCUCGUGCUGAGCGCUCCCAGGCGCGCGGGUGCUGCUGAAGUGGCAAGCGCAUAGAGCUGUCGACGACCAAGACGAACAAGACGGGACCAAGACCUACGACUCUAACGACUCGUGGCACGCUGCACGGCGCAGCUCAAGGUUGCGCAAAUGGAGGGCUGCACCAUUCCCUCGCUCGAGCCGCGCGCGCCUCGACUGGGCGGUCCACUACCUCUCCUUGCCGUGGAAGCUGCUCUUCGCGUGCAUCCCGCCCACGCUCUUCUUCGGCGGAAAGGCCACCUUCGUCGUCGCGCUCGUCUGCAUUGGCGCCGUCACCGCGAUCAUCGGCGACGUCGCCGCCCUUUUCGGCUGCGUGCUCGGCAUGCCCGACGCGAUCACCGCGAUCACUGUCGCGCUGGGCACCUCGCUCCCCGCGAUGUCCGACCCCACCGCCGACGCCGCCGCGUCGGCAACGUGACGGGCUCGAACGCGGUGAACGUCUUCCUCGGCCUCGGGCUGCCGUGGAUGAUCGGCGCGCUCUACUGGAGCCGAAAGGGCGGCGGCUUCGUCGUCCCCGCCGGCGACCUCGGCUACUCGGUGACCGUCUUCUGCGUCUGCGCCGUCCUCUGCCUCGGCAUGCUCACGCUGCGCCGCUCGGUCCUCGGCGGCGAGCUCGGCGGGCCGAGCUGGGCGGCGGCGCGCGACCGGAGCCAGGGCGCCGGCGUCGCGCAGGCGCUGCUCCAGAAGCGGGUGGUGGCCGUCUCUUCUUCCUCCUUUUGUGGGCGGUGUGAAUGAUUUUACUUU